GUGGUGCAGCCAAACUGUUGGGAGGGAAGAGAGAAUUCUCUCCCUUCAGUUUCAAGCAUCACAAAAAUAAAACAAUUAGCGAUCGCCAUAUCCCCGAAAGCUCCUUCCAAUCCUUGCUGCUUUCUUGGUUCCUAGUUAGAUUCUUGCAUGGGAUAAAGAACCAACAUCCUUGUCGAAGACUGCACCGAGCCAGCUUUCCGGUUUAAAAGUAGUUCGGCGACAAUGGGAUUCGAUUCCCGGUCUUUCCUGGUUGCAUUAGCGUUGGCCAUGGCCUGCUUCCUGCUGAAUUCCGGUUGGGUGCAGGGAAGGGUGCUUGUGGGCAUCGACAUAUCACUGCCUACCAACAGCAGCGUCUCUAGUUCUAGUUCGGAUUCGAGUUUGAGUUCGAGUUUGAAAUCACAUUCAAGUUCGAAAUCGAAUUCGAGUUUAAGUUCGAGCUCGAACUCCACCAGCAGCAGUUUGGAUUCGAGUUCGAGUUUGAAUUCUAGCAGUAACUCCACCAGUUCGAGUUCCAGCAGUAACUCCACCAGUUCGAGUUCGAGUUCAGAUUCCAGCAGCAAUGUCUUCAACGUGAGAUCGUUUGGUGCUGUUGGUGAUGGCGAAACAGACGACACCAAGGCGUUUGUAUCGGCCUGGAAAGAAGCCUGCAAGGCGAACUCCGGGGUUCUUCUGGUUCCCUCCGGUUACAAAUUCUUGCUCUUGUCUACCAUCUUUGGGGGGCCUUGCCAACACGGCGUCACCUUUCAGUUAGAUGGAGUCAUAAUGCCACCGGAUGGCCCGGAUUCAUGGCCGGAAUCGGCGCCCACUGCUCAGUGGCUGAUCUUUUACGAGCUUGAUGGGGUGACUCUUCGCGGAAGUGGGUCCGUUCAAGGCCGAGGACAGAAGUGGUGGAACCUUCCAUGCAAGCCUCACAGGGGUCCAAAGGAUUCGACCUCUUCCGAUGCGUGCCAAAGCCCUUCGAUCUUUAAAUUUGUGAAGAGUUCACAUAUUAAGGUGUUGGACAUCAAAAUUUUCGACAGCCCCCAAGUUCAUGUGAAAUUCGACAACUGCAACUACGUCCAUGUCGAGAACAUCAUUUUCAAUUCCCCUGCCUUGAGCCCCAACACCGACGGCAUUCACAUCGAGGACACCCAACACGUCGAGAUAUACAAUGCGCAAAUAUCUAAUGGUGAUGACUGCGUAUCAAUCGGGGCAGGUUGCCAGCACGUCGACAUAAGCAAUGCUACGUGUGGAUAUGGUCAUGGAAUAAGCAUAGGAAGUCUCGGGGUCGACAGCUCGCUGGCCUGUGUCUCGAACAUCACGGUGAGGGGAUCGUUGCUGGCCAACUCCGCCAACGGAGUGAGGAUCAAGACUUGGCAGGGAGGUUCGGGCAAGGUGCGGGACGUCAAGUUCCAGGACAUCCAGCUCCACAACGUCCGGAACCCGCUGAUCAUCGACCAGUACUACUGCAUGACCAAGAGCUGCCGGAACGACACCUCGGCCGUGUACGUGACGGACGUGACGUACCGGAACAUCUCCGGCACCUACGACGCCCGCAGCCCUCCCAUGCACUUCUUCUGCAGCGACUCCAUCCCCUGCACCAACAUCCUGCUGGAGGAGGUCCGGCUCCGGCCGGCGCAGGGCCAGGUGAUGGAGAAGCCCGCCUGCUGGAAGGCUUACGGCAAGUGGGUGCAGGAGUCGGUGUCGCCGGAGAUCGAGUGCUUAGGGGACGACCCCUCCGGCGCGGUGGUCAAGGGCGCCGCCGCUGACGCCUGUUGACUGGUAAGUGGUCCGGCUAGAUUGUAGCGGCAGAGUUCGUGGAAGCUCGGCGAUCCGGAUGUUUGCUGGGGGUGGAGUUCUAUGUAGAAGUAAACUCCCCAUGGCUGAACAUCACCAGGUGCCGCUUCCCACGUACUAACUCUUGUUAAAGAACAUAGCUUGUGGACUCGUAACAUGCAGUUAAGGAGGAGUUGGGGAAGCUUUGCCAAGUGUACAUAUAUAUAUAUAUAUGGAUAUGGCGAUCAAAGCUAAAGAGCUUUAUUUACUUAUGUACACGAAGAAGGAUGAUCCUUCCUAUCGUAUUUUAUGAUAAUUAAAUAUAUUUGGCUAUAAUUGGGCUU